CAAGGGUCGAUCAGUUUCAGAAACCAAACUGAUGUUUUUCUUCAUGUGCCUUUUUCUUCUUCUAGGGUUUUCACAGACAUUCAGCAAGUCCUCAACAACCUGACACAUCCCCGUUUUGUAUUCACAGACAACGAGGGAGAAGCAGACAUCCUCUACAACUUCUCACACUUCAAAGAUUACAGGAAGCUGAGUGAGGAAAGGCCUGAGGUAAUGCUGAAUCAGUUCCCAUGUGAGAACCUCCUGACUGUCAAAGACUGCCUGGCAUCCAUCUCUAGAAGAGCUGGAGGACCAGACGGGCCAAGAUGGUUGCCUCGUACUUUUAACCUCCAAACAGAAUUGCCUCAGUUCAUCAGCUACUUCCAACAACGUGAGAGAAGAGGAGAAGACAAUCACUAAAUAUGCAAACCAUGGAACUUGGCCAGAAGCCUGGAUACCCACAUCACCAACAGCCUUAACAAUAUCAUCAGGCAUAGGGAAAGCAGCCCAAAGGUGGUGUGCAAAUACAUUGAGAAUCCAGUCUUGUUUCACCGAGAAGAUGUGGGGAUGGUUAAAUUUGACAUCCGUUACGUUGUGUUGCUGCGGUCCAUAAAACCACUCAAGCUCUAUGCCUACGAUGUGUUCUGGCUGCGCUUUUCAAAUCGGGCAUUUUCACUUGAUGACUUGGAUGACUAUGAGAAGCAUUUCACAGUCAUGAAUUAUGCUCCCGGUGUAACAUUAAAACAGGUACACUGUGAAGAAUUUAUUCCUCUCUUUGAAAAACAAUAUCCUGAAUAUCCUUGGACAAUGGUACAAGCAAAUAUUUUUAAGGCAUUUGCUGAAUUGUUCCAAGUUGCUUCAGCUAAUCCUGCGCCUCUUGGCAUCUGCGAUUACCCGUCAUCAAGAGCAAUAUAUGCUGUUGACUUGAUGCUUAAAUGGGACACCAGCAGAGAUAGGAAAAGAAUUAUGCAGCCUCAGAUCCUGGAGGUGAACUUUAAUCCCGACUGUGACAGAGCCUGCAAAUACCACCCUACCUUUUUUAAUGAUGUCUUCAGCACCCUAUUUCUGGAUGAAACAGACAGCUGCCAUGUGACGUGCAUUGUCUAGCCACAGGAGGCUUGACUCUAUUAAUUUCCUUCCCAGAUAUGCUUAACAGCAAGAUUUAUAUUUCAGUUCUAUGAGCUGCUGAUGCAACUAUUUUCCUAUACUGGUAACCUAGGGAAAAAAAAAAAAAUUAUAUUAGAAUAAUAUGCAUAUACCAUGUACUGUAUUGAUAAUCAUUUUGUCUGCAUCUUCCUUGUCUUGCUUUGUUCUAUAAAUCAUCGGUUGCGUUGACCAAAUGUCUUGUUCAUCGAAUAUGGGAGACCUCAAAAUAGGACAGUAACUGGAACAAUUGACUUGUUUUUCAGGUAGCCUGCUUGCUUGCUGGGAAACAUUGCACAAGUUCCCCAUGUCAACAUUAAAACUGUAAUUUACUGA